AUGGAAGUUCUCAACGGCCGUGGAUCCCUGCUUAGGUGCGCACGGACUAUAUUCACAAGGCCGCUUUGUGGGGAAGUCUCCAAUGCCGAGACAUGCACGAGCUUUCGCGCUGAACGAGUCGGGUCCGUAUCGUGAUAUCUCCAGAACACGCGACGGCAACUUGCGCAGUGCGCGUUGAGCGUGCCGACUAGCAAGAUCACCAACGCGAUGGCCACCGAUCGUCGACGGUGCUGAUAGCUAAUUCCCUAGCUGAUUUUCUCUUUCGUAGCGGCUCUGCACUUGCGACCCCGGAAACCUCAAAACUGCGGAACGCAGCUCUCGUCAAAUUACCACAUCCCGAAUAAAGCACCGCAACCAUGUUCUCCAUGCUCCCAGAACUCACCCCGCGGGACUCGCACUCCCUCUGGUACACCUCCCGCCGCAACCCCUCCUCCCUCUACCACCUCGACCCAUCCCACCACAGCCCACCCGACGGCACCAACCCAGCCACAAACACAGCCCCCACCACCACCACCCCCAACCCAACCCAAAACACCCCGGCCCCGACCACAGCACCCGGCGGCGGCGGCGGCGGCGGCGGCAGCAACGGCGGGGCCGGCCGGCAGGGCAACGGGCAGCACUCGGCGGGCGCGGCGGCGCAGCGGAUCGAGCGGUCGGCGCUGGGGCGGCUGCAGGCGGAGGAGCAGCUGAUGGAGCGGCGGCGCGGGGCGGUCAGCAACCUGGGCAGCACGUGGCUGAAGCCGGUGGGCGUGGCCAAGACGCUGUUCCAGAUGCGCGAGGAGCGGCGCGAGGCCGAGGAGCACGCCGAGGCGCUGCGCCGCGAGAUGCUCGCGCAGGAACUGGCUGAUGCGGAGGCUGAGGCUGCGGCUGCGGUGGGAGGGGGUGGGGUUGGUGGUGGUGGUGGUGGUGGUGGGGGUGUGGGUGGGGUGGAGGGGUUGGAGGGGGAGGAUGAGGUUAUGGAUGAUGAGGAGGAGGAUGGGGGGAGGGAUUUGGAUGCGGAUAUUCCCGAUGAGGAUGCGGGGAUGGGGUUUGGGUAUGAUGGGGCGAGUGAUGAUGAGGAGGAGGAGGAAGAAGAGGAGGAAGAGGAGGAGGAGGAGGUAGAUGACGAAGAGGACGAGGAAGAGCAGGAGGAGCUGAGUGAGGGUGAGAUUGAGCGCCGGCAGGAGAUUGCCCGCAUUCACGCGAGGGAGGUGCGCAUGCGCCAGAUCACGGAGCAGAGUGACGCCAACCUGAGACGGUCUGACGAUAUUUUCGAUUUCGACGAGGAGCCUAGUGAGGAGGAGCGAAGUCAAAUGCUAGAUGAAGACGACCUCGUCCGUGGAGACGCAAACCAGCACAUGGGCUCGCAAGGGCAAAUGUCGGGUGGGGCUGGUCACGACAUGGACAUGGACGCGGACCUAGACGGCGACAUCCCCGAGGCAGAAGGUGGUGGCUACGAGCACACCGACUCCGAGGCCUCGCUCGGCAGCGAGGACGAUGCCCAUGAUAUUAGUUACGCGCGAAGUGCGCGCGUGCGUCGCGACAGGGCUAGCCUCCGUCGGAGUGGCGCGCUGAGAUCGAGUCUCGACAUCAGUGGGCUUUUGUCAAGAGACGGCAGCAGUAUGAUGGGGAGUAGUCCCCAGAUGCGGAGGGGCAAUUACUAGCGUCCGAGCAUGGGAGAAGGGGGCGGAUAUCGGUUUAUAGGGACCCAUGAUACCAGCAUUAUUAGGCGUUGGGUGUGGUCAUUGUACUUUUGGGACGGUUGAGGAAGGAAGACGAAAAUUC